UAGAACUUGUUUAUACAUUGCCGUUCUGUCAAAACAAAGAGUUGAUGACAUUAGACAUUUACAAAGUAUUUGUGGAACUAAAAUUUUAGUGAAGAUGAAACCUACGCUGGUUGCAGAUGAAAUGUUUCCUGAGGGUGCUGGAUCCUUCAUUGAAUUGGAAGAGGUUGGAGGCAGCCGUUUGUUAGUGGAUCUUACGGCUAGCGACAAAGCAGUACAUGCAGACUUUUUCAAUGACUUUGAUGACUUGUAUGAUGAUGAUGACCUUGAAUAAGGUGAUAUUUCAUCCUAAUGAUAGUGCUAUGAAUAAUAUAGGUCGUAUUUAUUUACAUUUAACAUCUAAUCACAAGUAUAGCAAUAAUAAAUUGUCUUUUGCAGUUUGUCACAAUUAAAAAUAUGCAUCA